UAUGUUGUUUAAAAUUUUUUCGUUUAGUAUAAAUAUUAAAUAGUAUUAUAGUGGUUUGAAAUAAUCAAGUUUAGAUAAUUUUAUAUAUUUUUGUUUGCAAAUAUCAUCUACAGUUUACAUAUUUGUUUCCAUUAUUGAUAAGGAUUUGUUGAAGGGGCGGUCUUCGUGGUCUGCAGUUUUAUCUUUCAUUGGGCGUAUAAUUAUCGUUAAUUCUGUUUUCACAUAAUCCAUUACUAAGCAAUUCAGUCGUUAUAGAUCCGUUCAUCCGUGUAAGUGUACAAAAUGAACAGAAAAUUCUUUCCUGUUUUGCUGUUUAUUCUCAAUAUCAUGUGCAUCGAUGUGACAGCAGAUAAUAGACAGACUUGUAGCCUCGAGAAUAAAUCGACCAUGGUGAAAUUGAAGAGAAAUCUUCUUUGCGAAUAUGAUUCCGAUGUAAGACCGGUUCAAAAUAAUAACAAUAAGACGCGUGUGGAUUUUCAUCUAAAGCCAUACUUCUUUGAAUAUACUCAAGAAUCAGAAUCCUUCGAAUUGCAUACGUGGGUAGCAAUGUCAUGGAAUGAUUCACAUUUGACAUGGGAUCCUGAACAAUACGAUAAUAUUAAAUGGUUACCUGUAGAAGGCUAUCAAAUUUGGAUUCCUGAUAUUUUGAUGCAUAACGAAAAAAUUGGGGAAAGCUUGUUCAGCUAUCAGCAUAAGUGUUGGGUUUCCAAGCAAGGAACUGUCAAAUGGUUAAUGGCAGCAAAGUAUGUUUCGUAUUGUGUUUCGGAUAACACGUGGUGGCCAUACAAUAUCAUGAAUUGUACAAUACAAUUCGGAUCGUGGUCGCAUUCUGGCGACGAGAUCGAGCUUAAUCUUUAUCAGAAUGUGUCAUUGCAGCAAACUGUAGAAUCAAAAAAUGUCGAGUGGGAUUUGCUAAAUCUUUAUGUAACAAGAUGGGAAGAUAGAUACAAGUUUAAUUCGGGUUCGACCACCAAAAUGCUUUCCUAUCAUUUUAUUUUAAGAAGACAUUGGGGUAUCAUACGCAUUGUAUAUUUAACACCUCCUAUAGUGCUAAUGGUGAUAACUCUGACGACAUUAUGGCUAGAAUCGAAAUCUUUUGAGCGAAUGAUAUUGGCUAAUAUCAAUUUCAUUUGUCAUUUAUUAGCUAUACAAGACAUGCAUUGGGAAAUACCAAAGAGCGGCUUUAACACUCCCAAAAUGCUUUUUUUUAUUGAGAGCUCUCUCGGGAUAGCAGCAUUCGCUCUCAUUCUCACCAGUAUCUUGCGACAAUUGCAAGAAUUGACUACCGAACCGCCUAUGUGGAUCUCAACUGGCACGACAUCCAUUUUACACAGUCGAAUUGGACGGAUUCUUUUAGUUAGCAUCCUAGAUCCGACUGCAACAGCUAAGAUAGAAGUUGACGCGGAUGACAAUACCGAUCUUGUACAAUCAAAUAGCAAGAAAUCGCCAUGGAGAUACGUCGUAGUACUCAUAGGAUGGUUAGCCUUUCUAAGCACGCUUCUCGCUUACAUCAUGCUGUUAUGUACGUGUUUCCCUACGUACUAUACCGUAACACACUAUUCCUAAUUCCUAACUAAUAUACAAAUUAGAUUCGCUUUAAAGCAUUGCUUAUUGAGGAUAUAUAUCACAAUGUUAUGAUUAUGUACGUAAACAGAAAUAUACGUACAGAAAUAUAAAUUAAACAUAAGAGAAAUGUAUAUAAGUACAAUGGAUAUAUGGAUAGAUGGGACUGUAAUAUCGAUAGAAUAAUCUUAAUAAUCUUACGUUUUCUUUUAUAAAUACCUUUAUUUUGUAAAACAGCUUUUCUUUUGGACACUUAUAUUAAUAUCGUUCGUUUUUAUUUGUUCAACAACAGCGUAAGUUGCAACUUAAUCCUAUGUAUCUCAUAAUAAAUAGAGAACUAA